AUGGCAUCCAAUCACCUGUUCUACGUGAGCCGGGCGGAUAUAUUCUCCGUCUAUCCGGAGAUCCUGCGCGAAAUACUGGUGCUGGAGGAGUUGUUCCGGGCGAAACCAAUCAUCGCGUUUGGUCACACGAUCGCGGCGACCGAUCGCGUACGGUUGCAGCUACCGAGCGAGUUCGAAUGGCAGCUGAAGCAGUACUUCCGGUUGCUCGAGCAGCAGAAGAAAAUCAACGCAGCGGCAGAAAAAGGAAUUCAAUUGAAAAGCUCCCUGGAGAAGGUCGACCAUACCUACUGGGAGGUGAAGGCCAGGUCCUUCGAUGAGGUCGUUUCACCGAUGGCCGCCUCACCCGCUUCCGGCGAUGGAUCUACACCGUUGCGGCGACGGCGGCGUCAGUGCUUUCUGGAUAAUCCGAUUGACUUCUGCGACAUCGCCGCCUACAACCAGUGGCGCCUGGAGGACAUCGUUCGCGCCGGGAGGUUACUUCACAAGCCACCACUUCCGGUCCAGUUCGAUGAUGAGUAUGAGAUGCGGAAAGUAUACUCCAUGAUUUAUGAUGUCUACCGGUUUAAAAUGGUGCUUCAACAGGCAUUGAAAAACGUUGGCUUCUACGAAAGCUACCCGGCGCUUAUCCACGAAACGACUCGCGUUUGGUUACUGCUUUACGACAUGUACCUGCGGAAGUUUGUCAAACGCGAACCGGAAACUGUCCCCCAGAAGGAUCAACUAUUCCACGAGGCCAAUCUACUCGAAAUCGAAAGGUGCCUGGAGUUGAACAGUAUUAAAAUUGCCGCCGCUUUGACACGCAUCCGGAUACAGAACAGUGCGUACAAUAUGCAGUGUCUGUUGCCGUUGCAUCUGCAGGACGACAAGGUUGCCAUCGUAGUGUCCAACCCCAUCAUUGCCGGCUGGAUUAACACGUUCCGCAUUAGGACGAAGCAGGAAGCUAACGAGGUGUUGAAGGAGCUCGGAUUUGAGUUGAUCGAGCAGCCCACGACGGGAAACUUCCAGAGCCUACUGAAUCGGAUCAAUCAGCGCGAAAAGUCCGGCUACAUUCCGCUUGCCAUCAACCGGUACAAAUGGGACCGAUUGUGUCCGCAGGUGAUGUUCAUCUACCCGGAAGAUCGGACGAGCUUCGUCCAGUCGCGUAUCUUUCGAGACCACAAGUUCAUCAUACAGGAUCGUUCGUUCACGAUCGGACCGACGAUCUUCUCGAAUCUGCUGGAUUACUUCGAGGUGCAGGGUGAUGUGGUACAGACGCACAUUGCCUCACCCCGGUCGACGGCGUAUCUGGCGUCGCUGUUGGCGAACUGUAACCGCGUGCGGAACUUUGUUGCCUUUGGUUGUGGUGCGAAGCUGGCGGAGUACCGAGAGUAUAUGCUUUCCCUCGGUGUGACCAACUUGAAGCUGUUCGCCGAGCCUUUCUCCGAGGUUGCCCACGGUUCUCCGGUGCUCGAUAAAGUAGUGGGCAUUCUGGCGAACCCGCCCAGCUCGUAUAGUGCGGUUAGUGAUCCGAUUGAUCUGAUUUGCAGCCGAGGAGGUGAUCUUUCCAUGCUGGAGAUGCUCUCCGAAUCGGAAAUGACGGACGACAGUCGACGUCGGGUGGCGAAGCUACUAGAGGAGCAGCGGGAAACGCUAAAACUGGCCAUGUCCCGACCGCAGGUGCAGUUCAUUCUCUACCAGACACACUCGGUCGUAGACACGGAAAAUGAUACCAUGGUGCAGCGUGCGGUCGAGUACACCAAUCAGAAAGCGUUCGAAGUGCACUACAAGGCCAUGAAGGAACGCGAAUUGGCCGCACUGGCGGAAGCGGCAGGCAACACUCUGGUUAACCGGUUGCUCGGGAGGUCCGAUACUACCGGAGGGCGACCAGUCAUCAAAGGCGUAACCGAUGGGUCUGAAGGCGACCGUGAGGGACCCGAUGGUGAGAGCAUGAGCACACGCAAAAAUUCCGAAGAGGAAGUCAACGUCCCUCCGACGGAUCAGUUCGAGGUGGUCGAGUUGCCGGACUUUUGCCCUCAAAAGGACGGUUGCCUAGACUUUCGGGAAAGUGGCGUCUUUCUGGCGCUUAUAAAGCGCAAAGAGGUGAUCCGCCUGGAUUCCAAGUAUCUCAUCAAGAUUGCCGAAUUGCGCGGCAUCUUCGGAGACGCCAACAACGAGCCGCGCUUCAACGUGAAGGUCUCGAAACGGUCCGAUCGCAAAUCGGAGGAACAGGAUGCACUCGACUUACAGAAUCGUAAAAAGCGGCUUAAACGUCGUGGAAGUAAUAUGGAUUCGCUUAUCAGCCGUUUGAACACGCCGACACAGGCAUCGCUUAAGCGGGGCCACCAUCAUCGUAUCUCGUCCGUAGAGCAUAAGUUUAUGUUCUUUGAUGCGUACCGGGAGUGGUGUCCAAAGUACGCCAAUCGGAGCGAAAACAAUCUAAGCGUCCUCUCGGACGAUCGGUCAUCGACGGGUUCGGUUGUACGGGCUCGUAUAUGGUGGAAAAUGACCAUCCACUACGUCCGCCGAAAGAUACGGCUGGCCAGGAUGGAUGUCCAAAAGGGAACGAUCGAUCUUCCCCCGUUGAUACUGCGCCGUUAUACCACCGGCUGCAGGCACGGUGAGGAUGGCACGAAACGAUUCCGUUGCAGUCACUACAAUCGUAUACCGUAUCCGUUGCCAGUACGCAUUCUGGAGUUUCGACAGUAUAACUCGGAAAAUAGCUUGUUACAGCACGCGGAACCUUUGGAAAAAGAAACAUCUUUGAAACCGCCGAGGCUUAGCCGACAAAAUGCUUUGAUCUCCUCUGGCCAACAUGUUCGGCUGCGUUCUUCACAGUCUUGUUAA